UCAUGUCACAUCACUCACUGUGUUAUUUUGUGUGGUUACCUGCUGGUUGGUUCGUUUUUCUUGAUUUAGUAAAAAUAUCAGGAGGUACCUACCUAUUUUUAUGGUAAUUUCAAUUUGCGCCAAUCGUCAAGAGCAAUUCAAUUGAAUUUUCAUGCUUUAUAUUCUAACUGUUCGGUCAAUUCUGUUUUUUACCUAGGACGUUGAAAAAAGGAUAUCAUCACAAUGGCUAUAAUGUUUAGUGUUGUUGCUCGCGGCACCGUUGUUUUGGCGAAAUAUGCAACCUGUGCUGGUAAUUUUACUGAAGUUACUGAACAAAUUCUUUCGAAGAUUCCGCCCCACGAUGACAAACUUACUUACUCGCACGGAAACUACUUAUUUCAUUACAUAGCCGAAAAUAAGUUAGUGUAUUUCUGCAUUACGGACGAUCAAUUCCAACGUUCAAGAGCAUUCCUGUUUCUAAAUGAAAUCAAAAGAAGAUUUGUAUCAGCAUUUGGAGAUACAGCACAAACUGCUAUACCUUACGCCAUGAACAGUGAAUUUGCAAGAGUACUGGCCACUGAAAUGAAACAUUAUAGUGAGUCCAAGGAUUUAGAGACCAUAUCAAGAGUCCAUGGGGAGUUGGAUGAACUCAAAAAUAUUAUGGUGAAAAACAUUGACAAUAUGGCAAUGCGUGGCGAAAAAUUGGAGCUUCUUGUAAAUAAAGCGGACAAUUUGGCAACAAGUUCAGUUUCGUACCGCACAUCCGCAAGAACAUUGCAACGCUCGCUAUUUUGGAAGAACAUAAAAAUGUACGUCAUCUUGGUAUUAAUAGCUGCAUUGGCGGUAUACCUCAUCGGCGCGAUGGCUUGCGGCGGCCUCGCCUGGAGGUCUUGCGUCGGCUAACCUGUGAACUACACCUAUAUUAUAUUACACAGCAUAUUAAUGACACAUAUUAAUGAAAUCGUUACUCAUGAGGCUGGCAUAGGUAUACGUCAAAUAAUAUAAAAGCCCCUUGAAAAUCAGAUUAAAAAGAAAAAAAAUCGUUCCUCUGUUGCCUAUGCGCCACUGUCCAUGUUAUACCUAUUACUUCACGAAUUCGUAAGGGUGAUUUCAGAUUAUCGUUUAUUAUGAGCGUUUUAUGCUCGUUUUUGGUAUACGGUUUAGUAAACCAAACGCGCCUGCACGGGCUCAUUUCGAAUACGGCCUCUGGAUUGUCUUCAAAGCAAUGCGCCUUCGGUUAUUUUUAUAGCAACGCCAAUUUAUUGCAAUACUUUCGCACCCUUUUGCGCUCAUUCAUUACGGAUUUUUGUAAAGAAAGUUAAAGCUGGUCGCAUAUUAUCAGAUAUUAUCCGUUAGAAAAAAAUUGUAAGGCAUUUUGAUUUUUGAAUAGCAAAAGUAGUACUAUAAUUAUGUAUCUGUGGAGAAAAAAUUGAGCUCUGGUUCGUAAUCCCAUACAAAUAAUAGAGACAAUGGGCGUUGACCAUUUUGACUUACCAAGCAAUCCAGUCCAAUAAUCCAAUGGAAUAAUUCCAAACCUUUUACUUCCUAAUUUUUCGGGCGUCUCAAACUCCAUCUAUCAGAGAUCUAAGGGAAUUUCUUCCGAUUUGAUUUACUUGUCAAUUUCAUAAAUAUAAGUACUUAUAUAAGUAUCUCUUUUGACUUGGACAUAUCUAUUUGUUUGUACACACUUAAAAGAACCAAAUCCUGACUUAGUUCAGUCAAUCACGUUUUUAAAAAGAUAAUUGCAUUUUUUGUUUGAUGAUGGUGGUCAUACCUGAUUAUCAUUUGGUGUCAUGUAAAAUACAUAUUGGACGCGAUAGUGACAAUUUUGUUCUGUUUAUUAGGGAUAAGAUGAAGUGCUCCACAGUCCAAAUUAUAAGGUGUUAAUAGCUAGGUGACGCCUAACUUCUUGAAUACUCUGAGGUGGUCGAGUAGGUGUCGCAUCUGGCUUUAGAAUUAAGGGUACACUUCUUGUUCGCUUCUCCAUGUAACCAUAUUACACCUAUUAUUCUAUUAUUUGUUGUUUAUAUAUCGAUUUAUCUUUCCAUUAGUUAUGCACUAAAACAAUUAAUAUCGUAAAAUUAUACUUAUUUUGAAAGUUAUGACCCUUGAAACAUCUCUAUUUUAUAAGCUUAAUUUUUAUGCAACUUCGUGCGUGAACACAUUAUGAGAGAAACUACAAAAUGACAAAGCUACUGGCUUUAUGAGAAAUAAUAAUUACAAAUGUCUUUAGUUUAAAAAAAUGUUGGUUAAGUAAAGUUGGUCUUUAGGAUGUCCCACCUGAGUAAAUGUUGAUUGCAAUCAACUUGAAUGCUCGACUUAGAGCGACCAUGGAUAUCACUCUUAACAGAUAGCGGUGGGAAACGGGACCAGAGUAUACAGCCGCGCGGUUCACACUCGCCCCGUGUUUUCUUUGCGGGGCGGGGUAAAGGUCUUUGUGUUUAUUGUACCGGCGUGAACAAAUACGUCAGGGAAUACAAAAAGUUUGGCAUCAUCUAUGUACCUAAUUAAUAACAUUAAUAAAUAAUUAUUAUAAUCCAAACUAAUAUUAUAGAAGCGAAAGUGUGUCUGUCUAUUUGUCUGCUAGCUCUUCACGGCCCAUCUGUUUAGCAGAUUUUGACGUUUGGUACAGAGAUAGCUUGCAACUCGGAGACUGGUAUAGGUUUUUUAUUCUAGAAAAUUUAAUUUUUUUUUACGGGGUUUUUAAAACCGAAACUCACGCGGACGAAUUCGCAGGCAUCAUCUAUAUAUCGCUAUAUAACAAGAAAUAUUAUACACAUAACUGCUGUGUAGGAGCGUUAUAGUAUUUCAGUCUUUUUUGGUAUUAUGUCGUGAUUACUAUCUUCAAAAUCCAGUUAAAAUUAAAUAAUUGUAGGUUAAACAUUAAGGCACUGUAUCCUUUUAUUUUUUUCAAGUUUGAUUAUUCAAUAUUUCACUAUGUAAAAAUAUAUUUGUAUAGAUAGUAGAGUUAUGCGUUUGUUAUUCCUUGCAUAACAUUAUUAUCGACAAAGAGUUGUAAUGGCUCAGUGGUUAGAGCAUGUAGAUACUAACAAAUCUGGGUUGCAGGUUUAGUUUUCGCGCAUUUCUAUAAAAAGUUUGUUUAUGUGCCUGAUAAUAAUUCGUAUUUAUACUAUAAAUGCGAGUAUGUCUGUCUGUUUGUCUACUAGCUUUUCAUGGCCCAAUCGUUCAAUCGAUUAAAAAAAAAUAUGGACAGGCACUUUAUGUUCCGAGAAAUAAGAUUCCCUUGGGAUUUUAUUGGCUCAUUCGUUUAAACGAUUAUUAUGUUUGGUACGGAGCUAAGUUGUAUCCCGAGGACAGACACAAGCUACUUUUUGUCCCCGAAAAUCAAAUAAUUCCCACGGGAUUUAAAAAAAAACUAAAUCUUCGCGGGUGAAGCCGCGGGCAUCAUCUAGUAAAAUAUAAUAAUGUGUUGACUAGCCAACCAAAUCCAAGGGAAGCAUUGGCGGAACAAAAGUCAAUAAUUCUCUUUAUAUUGAAAAGAAAAGAAAAAGCUUUUAUUUUUGAAAGUUAUUGUGUAAUUUCAUUUAUUUAUUUUACGGAAACAUACGGUAUAAGUAAUUCUUAAAUGAUAGGUAACAUAUAUAAAACACUUAAACUUUAAUUGUCUCCAAUGAAACAAUAAUAAUA